CAGCAUCUCCUACUACAUGAGCCGUUCUCGCCCCGCCGUGGUCUGUUCCAGGAGGGGGACAGCGAGCGCGUCCAGAAGGUUCCGCGUUCUCGUAUUUCCUGAAUGAAGUUCUUAACGCUUUUUUAGCAAGGGUAUUUGUUAAUGAAGUUAACAGAACCAUUAGGGUUGGAAGGGACCUCUGGAGAUCAUCUGGUCCAACCCCCCUGCCGAGGCAGGGUCACCUACAGCAGGUGACACAGGAACUUGUCCGGGGGGGUUGGAAUGUCUCCAGACAGGGAGACUCUGUGACCCCCCUGGGCAGCCUGUUCCAGUGCUCUGCCACCCUCAAUGUAAAGUUCUUCCUCAUGUUGAGGUGAAAUUUCGUAUGUUUUAGUUUAUGGCCAUUGCUCCUCAUCCUGUCGCUGGGCACCACCAAAAAACAGUCUGGCACCAUCCUUUUGACACCUGCCUUUGAGCUAUUUUGAUGCACUAAUGAGAUUCCCUCUCAGUCUUCUCUAGACUAAACAUGCACAGCUUCCUCAAUCUUUCCUCAUAAGAGAGAUGCUCCAGACCCUUAAUCAUUCUUCUAGCUCUCCACUAGGCCUUCUCCAGUAGGUCCUUGUCUUUCUUGUAGUGAGGAACCACAUGGUGCUGGAGGCUGUCCCAUGAAUUGAAAAUAUUUUUUGUGGAAAUGAAAUCUUGUUCUUUAAAGAAGAAGUGACAAGAUCUAUUUUGACCAUGUUGGAAUGAAAAGCCCUGCUUAUCUGCUUUGAUUUUAAUACUAUGAUGCUUAUGUAAGUAUAUAAAUAAAUUUUAAUAUUAGCAAGAAGAAAAUUAAACAAAUAAAAAAGGCACUUUCAUCAAUCAAAAAUAAUUUUGCAAGAAAAAGUUAUCCUGAAAAUGUCAGUUGGGGGGGGGGGUGUUCCUCUAGGAAUACUGAAAAAAUUGUUCCACUUUCUCUGAAAUUAAAAAUGCAAUGCCCUUCUUUAAGGAUAAGCUUUCUAAAGCAAGGAAUGUAAACAUGAAUUUUAUUUUGUAUUUUGUCUUUAAUUUCUGUUUUGUUUUGCUUUGGUUUUUUCACAGUGAAACAUAAUAGUUUUAGAGUAUCCUAAAUGGUGAUAUGACACCUCAGUACUUAUGAAAUCAACAGCUUGUGAGAUCACCAUUAAACUUCCUCCUUUUACAUGACUUUGGCAUCUCAAUUUAAUAGUAGGCAUAAGUCAAGGUUUAUUUCCUUGAGUCCAAAAAAGCUUUCAGCUUCCAGAAGUCUUGGCUACUUGAAGCCCCUUUCACCAGACUAUUCUCCCACUCCUGCCUGACAAACCAGAGGAUUGGGCUUUGCUGCUGCACGAUGUGCUUUUCACGUGGAGGUUGGGCAGGAAUGAUGUCCUAAAAGAAGUCUUAAAAGUGUACCUAAUAGCUCGUGCUCUAAAAUGUAUUCUUGAAAUCAUAUGUAAAACUGGCUGCAUUGUAUUCUGAAAAAUACAGUACACGAGAAAAUCCCUUGUGGGAAGAGUACUUAAUAACUUUCUUAACUGGUAACAGUUUUAACAGCUUAAACUGGACAUAAAGUGAAAGAGCACUGGAAUGACAAUUUCCUCAUGAGGCAUAUGCGUGCCUGGCGAUAGUGAUUGCCUAGGGACAGGACUGUUUGGAUUCUUGCAGCUUCCUGUGCAAAAUUGCCUAUUAAAAAUUCGGGUUAAACUUCCUUUUAAUUUUAACUUUAAAGUUGGUUAUCACAAUUGAAUAUGUUCUUCAAAUACUCCUUGUUUCCAAAAUUUACCUGAAAGUACUUCAUAGUUAUAAAAAAUGGAGAGAGGUAAUGGACAGAAAUCAAUAAAUGUUAGUGAUUCAGAAGAAUAAAUACAAACCAAAAGAGAAAUUCUUACCCCUCCCAGAAUGAAACCAACUUUACAUAUCAAAGAAAAAAACCCCAAGAGAUCAAGAGAUACCAAAAAUAAAACAACCAUUAUGGAGUUGAAUGUUUGGCUGAGGAAUUUUCUGCUAUCAGAGUAGAAGGAGACUUCACAAACUCAGGGAAGGUUUGCAGGUUCUGGCUGCUUGUCUGAAAAACCUCUUAGAAAACACUGGAGGGUUGCCAGGGUCCUGAGGUUCACUACAUUCACCAAAGGCAAAGCCUUCGCAGUGCAGGUAUUUAACAGAAACACCCCAUGUAUACAUACAGCACAUUAGAGAAGGAGGAACGUAUCAUAAAUAUGAUUAUUUGUCCAUUAUAAAAUUAAACAGAUCAUUAAUUGCUUAAAAAUUCCCUGAGAAACGAAGACCUGGAGUAAUGGAAGCACAGUGCAGCUACAAAAAUGUAUCAGUCACAGAAAUAUUUAGAGCAUGGAGAACUAAGUAAGAAUUACACUAUAGGAAAUUGUUCUCAUGCUAAUAAGAGUAGGAGUUAAGGGUGAAUGAAAAGACAUGAAACAUCACAGCAGGAAAUAGUCAACGUACUUCUAAGUAAAACAUUAAACUGUCCUCACUACAUACAAGAAAUCAUGUAAGUUUUCUAUGUCCUGGCUGAUCCUUGGAUAUACUUAUUUUUAUUUUACACUUGGUCUGGCUUCUCUUCUAGUAGAAAUGAAGAUCUGACAAUUAUCAGAUGUUCAAGAGUUGGGAUUUCCUCUUCUCAGUGUAAAGAAGCCAGUAAAAUGGUUGAAGAGACCUGCAUGUGUUUGUGUUUCCACUGUGAGUGUGACAGGUGCCUAACUGUAAACUCACCCACACCAAUUUUUUUCCAGAGUCACUUUCUUAAUCCUAAUCUGUGCUCAUACUUCUAUGCCUUUUUUUUCUUCCAUUUUUCUGUCACUUUCUUCUGCUUCUUCAUCAGGCCCAUUCAGGCCCAUCUCUGCUGGGCUAUAUGCAAGGACAGCUUCUCACACAUGUCUGAAAAUUGUUUUAAAUUUCAUGUGUUUACUUUGGGUUUCAAAGCUUUGAACCCAAAUAGUUUGAACCCAAAAAAAGCAUUUUUUUUUUACAAUCACUAGCUUUAGAGAGAUUUACCCCUGUCAAGCAAUAUAAUUGUGGGGCUGAAAUUUAUUUUCUGUUAGUCUCAGCUAAUUUUGUACGUCUACAUUAGGGUAAGGGUAUGUUAAAUACUAUUCUAAAAUGAAAAUACUCUUCUUUGUGUGAGUGGAAACUCCUAGUAUAGUAUGUUAUCUCGGCUUUGCUGAUUUUCCUUCAAUAUAUUCCUGUAAAGAUCAGCUGCUUUUGCUGUAUUUUUUAUCAGCUAUGCAUGUGGCGCUUCAAGAUUAAAAAAAUAUAGUGAAAGGCAUUCCUACACAUACAUGUGUUAUGAAUCACCUUGUAAGCAUUGACUUUUGUAUUUAAGAAAUUACACCUGAAAACUCUCUCCUCUUGUGCUCUGAUGCUUAUAUGUGUGUCAGCCCUAUGGAGAGCACUUCAUUACAUGUGAAGCCAAACUUGGUAGUUGCUAAGAAUCUCAGAGAGACUACCCAGAAUAUGAUGGCUAAAUUUCUCAGGAUUUGCAUUAUCUUCAUUGCAUUAUGAAUUUGAUGGAAGCCACAAAAGCAUGUCAGGUUCAUGAGUUCAGCCAUGUCUAGUUUUACUGGAACUCCACCUUGAACCAUGAAGCAAGACACUGUAAUUGCAAAAAGUGUUGCAAAAUUGUUUCAAAUAUUUAUUGGCUGAGUGCAUACUGUGAGCCUCACACUUUCCCUAUGCAGCUACAAGAGCAGCCAUGUUCCAGAUUUACUCUAGCCAAGGAUCUCAUCUUCCAAGUUCCAUUUGCGUCACACCACAGCAAGAUGAAAUGGUGUCAUCACUUACAUAAUCCUGAGCCAGUAAUAAGUGAACUUGGUAACUAUUCUGGUGUGACUUUUCUUAAAUGAAGAAAAAGAAAGAUGCCUUUAGUGACAUGGAACUUGGAGAAGACAGAAAGAAGGUAACUAAAUCUAUGAAUCUCAUUUUUCCUCCCCUAGUGAGGUUGACUUUUCCCUCAAAAUACUUCAGUUCUUUUGUGGACAUUUAAAAAACAUGUUUUCAAAUAGUAUCCAAAAUUCAACAGAGUUUUAGUAGCUAGCCAAACCUCAUUAUACUGUGGGGUAAAUGAAUCACUUGACUUUGAGACUACUGGGACAAACUUUUGUUCCAAACGUUUUGACUGGAAUUUAUUGCUAUAUGUCAGGUGUUCAUAGUUUACUCCUAUGGAUUUGGAGUUUCACAGGACAAGGAAAGAAAAUGCAUACCAUGAAGUUUAGUUAGAAUGGGACAAUAGUUUUAACACAAAUGAGGAGAUACAGCUGGCAGUUUCAUAGGGUGCUGUAUGAAGAUUAAUAAAACUUAAGAUUACAUAUUCCAACAGCAAGAGGACUUCUUAGUUACAAUUUUACUUUUCAUGCCAAAAAUGAAAUUCUAAAUUUCAGAUUUUGCUUAUGUAAUCCUUUUGCCAUAACUUGGCAGCUAUGCUCAUGGCUGUGUCGAUUUAACUCAGGAUCUCUUCUAAAACUAGCAAACGUAACAACUCAGGAAUCUCAGCCAACUAAAUGCUUCUUUUGAUGCUUUUUGCAGACAGCAUUGCUUAUCAGAAGGUAAAACAACACACAUUUCGCUAAGAUGAGCACAGCACUAAUCCAGACACCUCCGAACCCCACAUAGUCAACCAAGCAUUUAUACAAGCAGCAGGUGGGUCAGCUCCUCUUUUCCCCAUCAGCCGGUGGGAUGACAACCUUUUGCUUUUAUUUUCCUUGCUGGAGUGACUGUUCGGUGGACAAGUGCUCCUUUGCUGACAGGUCAGCGAAGGGGCGAGACCUCCUCGCUGUUCCGCGUGGCGGGGCUGUAAAGAACAAGCUCCGGCCGUGCGGGCCGCCCGCCCCCGCCGCGGGGACGCGGCUCCCCGAGGCGGGACGGGACGGGCGGCGGCGCCGCGCCCUCCUGGGCACUCGGGACUGGGCUCCCGGGAAGAGAGAGGAAACCCCCGCCGAGCCGGGCAGCGCCGCGAUGUUUCCCCUGUGGAAGGCCAUUCUGUCGGAGAGUGUCCUGGGCUACAUUUCUUGGUCUCUUUACCAUGCACUGCCACCGAUGAUCUACUACUUCCCCCUUCAGACACUGGCACUCACGGGCCUAGAAGUUUUUGCUGUUGCUUUCUUUUCUCCAAUAUUCUUGACCAUUGGCCCUUUUUGGAGGUUGGCUAACAAUAAGUACAUCUUAGUCUUUCUGAGAUUGACUAUGGUUGGAAGCUUAGCAUCAUACCAGGCACCAAAUGCUUCAAUUAGACUAUUCAUCUUGGCUGUUGGUGUUUCUUCUUCAUUGCUGGUUCAAACAGUAACAUGGUGGUCAGGAAACAGUUUACAAAGGUUCAUCAGGAUAUGGGGCUUCAUUCUAGGCAAGAUAAUGCUCCUUGUUCUUCGCAUCUGGUACACAUCACUAAACCCAGUCUGGAGCUCACAGGUUGCCAAUACUGUCAUUAUGAUAAUAGGUUUUAUAGCAGCAGUGGAGCGAAUUUAUUCAGGUGGAGACAGGAGGAAACAAGAAGCAAACAAAACUGGUAAUGUGGUUAGAGAGACUGCUUCCCAUCCUUAUUGGCUUUUAUCUGGGGUUGCUUUUGGCAGCCUCAUGUUCCUCACCCUGUGGAUAUUUGGGGAGGUCUCAUUAAUUUCUAGAUGGGCAGUAAGUGGACAUCCACAUACAGGUCCAGAUCCUAAUCCACAUGGAGGUACAGUUCUGUUGGGCUUGGCUCAGGGACUGAUGCUUUCAUUUUGGAGCUGGUCUUCUGUCAUCAGUUUUGCCUGGUUUCUCAUAGGUUUGGCAUCUUCAGCUGGUCUUCUUUAUUUACACACCUGGAGUGCUGCUGUUGCAGGCAACAUUCUUGCUGUCUUUACUAUGUCUGUGUGGCCUCAUCUAGCUGGACGCUUUGCUAGCUGUCUGCAUCCUGGGAAAGCCAUGAGUACAGCCAUGUUUGCCUAUGUUCUUGAAUUAUUCUUCUGUGUAUGGUGUACAGCUUAUAAAUUUGUACCUGGAGGAGUUUACAUUAGAGAAAGCUCCCAUCUUCUUUUAGGUUUUAUCAUGUUAUGUAUUGGGCUAGAUUUUCUAACAGGACCCAAGAAAGACCUUAGCUCUACCUUUGAAGUGAAAAGCCAUCAAAAGCCACUAUUCAAAAAGACUAAAAACUAUAUUAAACUAUUCUUGUGGCUGUUUGUUGGUGUUGGUUUGCUUGGACUGGGUUUACGUUAUAAAACUUACCAGAAGAAACUGGGCCAAGGGGUUCCAAAACGAGACUUCUCUGCUAUGAUCUGGCCUUUUAGAUUUGCAUAUGACAAUGAAGGAUGGUCUAAUUUGGAAGGAUCAGCUAAUUUGCUUAAUCAGACAGAAGCAGAUUUUAUCACUAUUAUAGAGAGUGAUGCAUCUAAGCCAUUCAUUGGAAACCACGAUCCAACAAUGUGGCUAGGAGAAAAACUAGGAUUUUACACAGAUUUUGGUCCAAGCACAAGAGAUCACACUUGGGGGAUUAUGGUGCUAUCAAAGUAUCCAAUUGUAAAAUCAACCCAUCACCUCCUUCCGUCUCCAGAGGGAGAGAUUGCACCUGCCAUUUCCCUGACGGUCAACUUCACAGGGAAACUGAUUGAUUUCGUUGUCGCCCACUUUGGAAACGAAGAAGAGGACUUGGACAGAAAACUCCAGGCAAUAGCUGUUUCAAACCUAUUGAAGACUAGCUCUAAGCAAGUUGUGUUUCUAGGGUACAUCACUUCAGCUCCUGGAUCCAGAGAUUAUACUGAAUUAAUAGAAAAUGGAAAUGUCAAGGAUAUUGACAGUACAGAUCGUGACAGAUGGUGUAGCUAUAUUAUGUAUCGUGGAGUAAUAAGGUUGGGUUAUGCCCGCAUAUCUCAUGCUGGUUUAAGUGAUUCAGAAGUCCAGAUGGCCAAAUUUAGAAUCCCACAUCAUGUGGAUAGCUAUACUGACAAUGACAGAAUUGUCACUGAUCCCAGCCAAGUUCCUAAGGACAUCCGUUUCAAUCCCAGGUUUGGAUCUUAUAAAGAUGGACAUAAUUAUGAGCAUAUUCAUCACUUUCAUAUGAGCACUCCUAAAUAUUUUAAACAGGCAAAUUAGAGUGAGAAAAUAACAUACUGUUGGGACCAGCAAGAAAGGUUUGUUGCUUGAAGCUGAAUUGGCACUCAAAAAGACUACGUUGUUUAAGGAUGAGCAGUUCCCAUGCUGCAUAACACUGUGAAAGUCUGUCUAACAGUUGGUGACUCUUCUCUUUAAUGAGUUGCCAUCACUGUGAGAGAGGGAAGAUGCCUGCAUUUUGAUAAACUGGUAUCUACCUGGGCCAGAUACCUGCUUUGUAAGCAGCAAAGCAAGAGUGGGAACUUGCUUUGGCAGUAAGGUCUUCAACUUUUGUGAAGGUAUCCUACAUCCUGCUGUUUCAGAGUUGAAUGUGUCUAUGCACUUUUUUUUAAGGUCCAGAUAUGACCCCUUUCCUCUCCUGGACAGUCACUGGAACAGUCAUGUGCAAGGAAUUUCAGCAGACUUACACACUUUUUGAUGACUGAGGCAAAGCAAAAUAAUGUGGUAGUGUAGGUCACCUGUUGAUACUUGCUGCAAUUUGUAGUCCUGCUGCUAUGGCAAUAAAAAGCUUGGCCUUAGGUUUUCAAAAUAGGAAUAGGACAUUUUUUUAAAUUGGGAGAUAUGCUGUAAGUAUGUGUUUGAACUGUGUGCAUUUUUGACUUUCUCAAACAGUGUUUACGUCUGCUGCUAUUCUACAUUUUAUUCUUAAAUGAGUUUUAUUAGAACAAUUUGUGGAUGAUUGAUGUUCAUAAUACUGGAGAAAAGGCAGUGACUUUUACAAACUUCAUCUUUUUUUAGCUGGAUAUUAGCCUCUGCAAUGCUUUUACAAAGGGAAGAGUAAAGUACCUCUGAAUAGUUAUUUUUGUGAGACACUUACCUGAACACACUGCCAAAGAAUUAAAAACAAUUGUCUCAACAUAACAAGGUUUCUGAGAAGAAAGAAGGGUUAGUUGUAACUUUUAUUUAAAAUGAACUGUAAUAAAACAAACAAAUAAAAAAAAGCAUUGUUCCUUUGCUAGCAUUAUACUUUAAUAGGACUAAAUAGAAGUGGGACUUUUUUGACCUAGGCAGUGAAUUCCCCAUUAUUUAAUGCACAUGUAAGAUAAUGUGAAGUGUUGUGUCUUCUCAGUGUCUCUUCACGAUAUCUUUUACAUUUGACUCCUGAUCCUUCAGUAUAUGUGUAGACCUUUCCUUAAACAAUGAGGACAUCUUCAGCGUUGUCCAAAGAAACUUUCCUGCUUGUGAGAAACAUGUUAGGUGAUUUGUUUAAGUGACCCACUCAACUUGAAAAAUGCAUUUGUGAUUUUGGUAUUUAGUGCUGUGUGUCUUUCCAGUAAUACCUAAGCAUACUGCAACUGAAAGGAAUAGGAUAUUGCAGGAAAGUGGGUGGAUUUUUUUUCUCCCUCUAAUUCUUCACCAUGUUCUUUUGAGAACAGCUUCAGCGUACUCAAUUUUAUUGUUUCUCCAUUUAAGCAAGUACAGGAUGUGCUUUUACCUAGGGUUUUUUGUUCUGUGGAAUCAGGUAAUUGCUGUCAUCACCAACCUUGUCACUUUAUUCUGGUCACAUAUCAUUUCGCUCCCUUGUUUUUAGGACUGUGUUUCUAAAACUGUUCACUGAUCUUUGUGGACAGAGAAUAUUUGGAAGGCAUUUAAAAGUUGCAGUGGUUACGUAUUCAUCAUCUGUGAUGGUAUAACCAGCCAUUAUUGAACUAAUUUCUCACCUACAGCUGCUGUGUUUGUCUUUACAAGCCCUCUGAACUUGUUCUCUCUGUGACUUUCCAGUAGGACAGGAUAAAUUAGGUUUUGGAGUGAUGGGAGUGACUCUCUUGCACUUUCAGUAGUUUUCUUCUGCAAACACCAGUAGCCUUUGUCUCUCCCUCCUCCCAGCCUGCAACAGCAGCUGACACUGGCACCAACAUUGCACAGUGGCUCUGAGUAUCCUCACUUCUUUGCAGCAUGUUCUCAUGCUGGCUCUGACACACAUCCAGCCACAGUUUUACCUUUCCACGGCCUGUAGAAAACAUAACAUUAUCUUGCCAUGUUACUUAACAUUCUCCACAGGCUAACUCUGCGAAUACCUUGUAAUGUGAGCAGUUUAUUAAUGUGAAAUGCAAGAAAUUAUACUCAUAUAUAUAAAAAGAUGGAAAACCCCUUAUUUUUUUAACAAUUAAAAUAUAGAAUAAUUAUUUUUCAAGAAGUCAUAUAGCAAAGCAUGACUUGCAUAAUAGAUCAGAUUAUAUGUCAUCUCUGUGUGUAAUCUUCAAAGUCUGUGAGCAUACUUGGAUGGAUUUUCACAGGAUUUAGAAUGUUCACCCCAUUUGAAAGGUUCAUGUGGACAGUGACAAAAUCUGAACUUUGAAUAUUCUCUUCUUCUCUUCUUCUGAGUCACUUGUGCGAUUUAAUGUUGGUGUAUCCAUACCUUGUGUGGCUUAAUAUCAAGAAACUAUAGGCAAAUAUAAUUAGUAGCAAGCAUUUGUUGACAUUUGCAUUAUUUUACCAGAAUGAUUAAGAAAAACUAUGACCACAAGCUGUUUGUAUACUGCUUCUCUUACUGUGAUUAGAAUUGGGAAGCUAAAACUAAACUUAUUUGUCCAUAAAUCUGCAUGCUGACCUAAUCUGUGGUAUCUGACUGGUUUAGAAAAAUGUGCAGUGUGUCUCUAAUGAACAAUCACUAUGUUUCAAACUAUGAAAGAAAUGUGCUAGAACAGGUUGUGCUGCAGGGGUGUGUUACUAAUCUUCCUGUUUUCUAAUCAUACACUGUUCAUCUCAGCUUUCAUAAGAUAGUAUGUUACGAAAGAAAAACUUUGUGGAUAUCUCUAUGCAUUCAGAGACAGCAUGAAAAGACAAAAUGUAUAAAAUAGACAUUAUUUUCUAUAAGUGAACUUUUUCUGGUGGUAAAAGGACUAGAUUACAUAUAUCUGACUUCUAAAUAAUAUGUAUUCUAUGUAUAUAAAUACAUAUUCUUAUCUGUAUAAACAAUAUGUACUCCUAAUCUUAUCCUCUGACAUUCUGUGCUGGUCAAUUAAGUUUCUAGGAAUGUACAGGAAGAGACAGCUGUACAUCAGGAGCCUACCAGUGUGUAUAUCAGAAUAAAAAAGAAGGACUCUAGGUAACAUGUGUAAGAGCAACUUCUGAGAGUAAUUGUACUGUAUUCUUCACCAGGGUGAAGACUCAAGUUUUCUCUUACAUAUAUAUAUAUAUAUAUAUUCCUGCUUUGGGGUCUUGGCUCAGGCAUUUCUAUGUGUAUUGGAAGCUUACCUUGAGAAGCAGUGGCUUUGGUGUUGCCAUAGAGCACUCCGAAGUCUGGGAGCUGCCUUUCAAACCUCUUGGGCUAAGAAACAACUGAAAUUGUUAUUUCCCAUUUUCAGAAACAGUGUCACAGCUACAAGCUGGGAGAAAGUUAGACACACCCUUUGUUUUCCAACUGUAGUUACGUUACUGAAACAAGUUGUUACAGCUUAAGCGUGCGGGUAACCAGUUCCCACCGGUCUCCAAGAAACAGAACACUGCAAAUGUUCAGAGUCCUCUGCUGACUGUGAGGGAGCUUUGUGGCUCAGAGAGAGGUGCUGGUUAUUCUGAUGCAUCUCUAGAGUUCAGGCCGAAAUUCUAAGCAGUUGUCUUAAGCCUUGCUGUUUAGAGUUGCCUAGUGAUGAAUGAAGACAAGUUAAAGUUUCAAACUGAAGUUGAAGAAGACCCUAUAAAUUAAAUGUAGGGUUUUAAAUAUCAGCCAUCAACAGCCCUAAAAUGUUUUUUCCCUCAUCUAUGUAAAAUGACGUUUGCAGGGUGUUACAAAAGAACAUUUGGGGCCAGAAUAGUAUGUUUGAGGAGCAAGUGUAAGAGAACAGACCUUUUCACUUCAACGGGGAGCAUAGUAUGAGUCCAUGGGACACUGCAAUUAAAAUGACCUGAACUGUUUAGUGAAUAGUGGUUUGAAAAGAAGUUCAAAUAAUCUGCAGCUGCCACCUUCUGCCACUUGAGGUCCUCUUUUUUCCCUGAUUAGUACUGUUCUGCUGAGACCAUGCAGGAAUAACUCAAAUUUAGGUGUUUAUUGAAACUCUGAGGCUGAAAAAAUCUUUUCAGAAGCAUUACUUAAAGCUGUUUGUGUUGACUUGGGUAUCAGUUACUUUUUCAUAUCCACAAAUGAUUUAGGACUGUGACUGCUGGGCUUCUUGUAGACAAUUUGUUUAUUUUCUUACAAUACCCUGUACUGUGUUUUGUUACUGCAUUAUCUGCUUUCUUAAUGUUCAGCAGAUUCUUCUUUGGUAAUGUGUUUAUUUUCAGUACAAUUCCCUUUCCCCUCUGACUUGGAAAACACAUGAUGGCUUGUCAUUCUGGUGCCUAAAAUGAACGUUCAAGUUUGUUUCUAAGCAAAGCAAUCAAGAUGAACAAAGAUAUUUGAGAAAUGCAGUGGCUUUAGCCUUUUGGAGUCUGAUGUCCUUUGGAAAUAGAGGAAAAGAGUUUCCUUUUGGAAACUCUCAAAGAUGCUUCUACGUUAUGUUUCUGAUAGUGAAGAAGAUAAAACUAAGUGAAUUGUUCCUCUUUCUCUUGUUAACCAGUAUUUUUCACAGUCUACAGUAGUUUUGUGGGUUUUUUUAAUUGUGGUUGCCAUUUUAGCUAUCAAUUUAAAAAAGCAACACAAACAUAAAAAAGUGAACAGUGACAGUCCUCUCAAAAAAAAAAAAAAAAAAAAUUGAAGUUUUAAGUUUGUUCUAGCAGUGUGUAGACUGGCAUUUACUGCCACUUUCCACAUCGGGGUUUGUUAUUCCUCUCCUGUGUAUUGAUGGAAGCACAUGCACAUAUGUGUGGUGAGCCAGAUCAGGAUAUUCAGCUGACUGGGAAAACAAAAAAAAUGGACAAAACCAAAAGAAGAGUUCAGCGUUUUCUUGUCUUGUUCUGGGAUUUUUUGCUUUUUAGGGGCACUGGGGACAGUCUUGCUCUUGGUAUCUAGCUAUCCAAAUGGUUGCACUGUCACAAAAGAAAGAAUGCCAGGAGGGCUAGGAUGAAGAUGCUGAUGCUGGAGCUGCUUAAACUGUCUCUGUCCACGUGGUAGUUCCACCCUGGCUGGAUGCCAGGUACCCACUAAACAUGCUCUAUCACUCCUCUCUGCAACUGGAAAGGGGAGAAAAAAUAAAAGGCUUGUGGGUCGAGAUAAGAACAGGGAGAGAUCACUCACCAAUUACUGUCAUGAGCAAGACAGACUUGACUUGGGGAAAUUAGUUGAAUUUAUUACCAACCAAAAUCAGAGCAGGAUAAUGAGAAAUAAAACAAAUCUUAAAAGCACCUUCCUCCACCCCUCCCUUCUUCCCGGGCUUUGUUUCUGAUUCUCUACCUCCUCCUGCCCAGCAGCUCAGGGAGUGGAGGUUACUCCAUUGCAUGUUUCUGCUGCUGCUUUCUCCUCAGAGAAAGGAGUCCUUCCCCUGCUCCAACGUGGGGUCCUUCCCAGGGAAGACAGUCCUCCAUGAACUUCUCCAGUGUGAGUUCAUCCCACGGGCUACAAUUCUUCACAAGUCGCAUGACCGUGGGUGCCUUCCACGGGGUGCAGUCCUUCAGUAAUGAGGUGCUCCUGUGUGGGUCCCCCAUGGGGUCACAAGUCCUGCCAGCAAACUUUCUGUAGUGUGGGCUCCUCUCUCCAUGAGUCCGCAGGUCUCUGCCAGGACCUUGUUCCAGCACAGAUUUCUCAUGGUGUGAUGGCCUCCUUUGGAUGCAUCCACCUACUCUGGCAUGGAUCUCCUUCACAGGUUGCAGGUGGAUCUCUGCACUCCGGUGGUCCUCUGUGGGCUGCAAGGGGCAUAGUUGCCUCACCAUGGCCUACACCAUGGGCUGCAGGGGAAUCUUAGUUCCAGUACCUGAAGCACCUCCUCUCCCUCCUUCUACCCUGAUCUUGGUGUCUGCAGAGCUGUUACUCUCACAUGUUAUCACUACUCUCUUCUCUGAUAGUAAUUACUUCCAUGCAGUGACUCUUAUUUUUUUCCUUCUUAAAUACAUUAUCCCAGAGGCAUUACUACCAUUGCUGAUGGGCUCAGUCUUGGCCAGUGGUGGGUCCAUCCUGCAGAUGGCUGGCACUGGCUCUGUUGAGCAUGGGGGAAGCUCCUGGCAGCUUCUCACAGAAGCCACUCCUGGAGCCCCUGCAGUACCAGAACCUUGCCAAGCAACCCAAUAAAAUGCUUGAUCAGCCAUGACUUGAUUGAUCUGCUCUGUGUAAAAUGAAGUAUUUCCGCAUUAUGGAAACUCAGGCUUCAGAAAGAAAAUACAGCCUGAUUUCGUAACAUCUGCCAGCCUGGAGAUCUGCAUAGUCCUUUACAACUAGUGGUAACAAAGGGGAUUAUUUAUACCUUUUUGAGGUUGGAAUGAAGGUGCAUGUUGAAAUGGGCCUUUUUCUCACAGGGCAGCCUUUUCUGCUGAAGCAUACAUUCCCUGUAGCAGGCAGAAGCAGAAAACAAAGUCUCUUUUGUGUUUCUUUGCAGAUCUAAUUUUUAAGAAUCAGAGAUUAUACUUGUGUAUUGAAGUAUUCAAAAAUAUAUUGAAUUUUUGCUUGGCAAACCUAAUUGCCUUACAUUUAAGAAUAAAAGUUGUUACAGAAGCUGUAGUCUAAGGAAAUAUCUUUAAAGCCAAAUAGUAUUUUUCAUUUUAGACUAAAAUAGAUGGGUGAAAAAAUACAAACCUUUCUACCUUCAGAUACAACCAAAUAGGGUUUUUCUGUGCCACUUUUCUUUAGAUCUGUAUCAAUUUACAACUAUGUAAGGCAUGGAAGAAGAUUUCUUUUUGAAUAUUUUUUAUUCUGAACUAGCAGCCUAUGUGCUUUUUUAUGGUCAAUGUGAACAAACAGACAUCCCUAAAGGGAUUGUUGCUCUGAAUCCAGAAUUAGAUCAGAUGAAUUGCAACUCAGUGGUGCCCCUAUUGGGUAUAAGAGCUUGGGAUGACAUGCAUAGAUGUGAAUGUCUGGCAUGUGGGAUGUUAGAACUACCCAAGAAGUGAAACCUUGCUCCCACUGCUUUAUUAUUUUUGUAGAGGUGGUAGUGUAAAAUUGUUAAGGUAAAGAAAAGAUGGAGCAAAUCGGAAAAUAACUGAGAUACAGGCAGGAAGUUCUACAGAAAUAAUUUUAAGGAGUUAGUGAACAAGUAAGAACUUCAGAUAAAGGUGUCUUUUAUUGCUCUGAUGUGGUUUUUAGUAUAUAGCUUUCAAAGAGAAGAUUCAUUUCCUUAUGAACUCCAUUCUCUUCUCUGUAAAACAGACAGUUGAAAACCUAAGAUGUGGCUCAGCAAAAUAAAUUGUCUGCAC